CAAGUUCCUCGAAAAGACAAGACUAUCAACAAAUCAUCGGGCGCCAUCAACAGUGGUCAAGCUUUCCAGGGGUGGGAUUUAUAGGAUUGACUGAAAGUAAAGAGAAGAAGAUCCGCCAUUUUCUAUUUCGUGCGACUUAAAAAGGCUGAGGCUCAGCGAUAAUCACCGCGGUAAAGAUGGUGAAGAUAUUCAUAGGUAACCUCCCCCAGGAGGCGGACACGGAUGAGCUCCAGGCGCUGUUCUCGCAGUACGGGGCGGUAACGGAGUGCGCCAUCAUCAAGAACUUCGCCUUCGUCCACAUGGAGGAUCGCAAGAGUGCCACCAAAGCCAUCCGCAACCUGCACCUCUACAAGCUGCACGGCACUCCCAUAAACGUGGAGGCCAGUCACGGCAAGAACCAGGGCCCGGUGAAACUGCACGUGGCCAACGUGGAGAAGGGCUGCGACGACGAGCUCCGGGCCCUGUUCGAGGAGUACGGCACGGUCACGGAGUGUGCGGUCAUCAAGAAUUUUGCCUUUAUUCACAUGGCCAAUUCUGAAGAGGCUAUGGAUGCCAUCAAGGGUUUAGACAAUUCAGACUUCCAGGGCAAACGGAUUCACGUGCAAAUCUCAAAGAGCCGACCUAGAGGUGAGGAGGAGGAAGAGUAUGGGCAGCCUCCCCCAGACAGAGCAGGGUAUUGGCCCCCUCGUUUUCCCGGGGAUGGGCCUGAGCCAGGUCCACCUGGCUACUUCAGGGGGCGCUUCAGUCACCCUGUGUCCCACGGGCCCGGGUACCCCCCUGCCCCUCCUCCCCCGCCCCCACCUCCCCCGAGGCGAGCCCCCUACCCCGACCGGUCCGCCCCCUACGACCGGGAACGGGAGCGCGAUAGCUACGGGGUCGUGGACUAUUACGAGAAAUACCGCGCCCGUCCGUACGGCAUCACCUCGUACGAGGAGCGGCGCGUCAGCUCCAUCCCGCCUCCCCCCCCGCCCCCCGCCUCCGCCAUCAUGAGGGAGCGCCUAGCGCCCUCGGCCCUCGACCCCUACGAGCGUCGGCCCCUCCCGCCCCCGGCCUCCUCGUACUACCCCCGGGACCGCAGUCCCAUCCGGAGGGCGCCGCCUGCGCCCGUCGCCCCCGCCGGGAACGGGUACUCGUACGAGCGCUCCCGCCUCUCGCCGCUGUCCAUGUCCAGGACCCCGCUGUACGGAAUGCCACGCGCCCGGGACCCCUACGCCGACCGGGUGCCGCCGCCGCCGCCGCCACCCCCCGCACGCUACUCGUACUAACCGCACCCCGGCGCGUUCUCUCAAGGUUUAAGUUAUCUGACAAGAUCGUCGUCUCCUGAUGCACGCGGCGCAAAACCACCUCGUCUGUGGCGGAUCGCGUUUCGUUCGACACCGGCUCUUACGGAAGGAAUUCUAGUGCGGACCACCCGUCCUAUAAAACGCUUUUACGCUCGUUCGUUUUCGUCAACUUGCUUAAACUGUAACCGAUUUCAUUAUUUUCUUUUUGUUUUUGUUUUUUACUACUUGUUUUUAUUGUCCAAGCCCCUGACGUUUCAAACAGAAGGAAAUGUAAUUUAGGAAACUGUACAAAUUUUGGAUAUAAUAUUGAAUUGAUAUCUCUAAAUAAGGCGUUCCACGCUCUUCAGUUCUAAUUAACACUGCAAAUGUAUAACGAAAAUAAAUUAAUCGCAAGAGGGAACGGUUGUAACUUCCAACACUUUCGAGACUUGUGUAUUAGUUUAAAAAAAAAAAAUAACCAAUACUUUGGCAAUCUUGUAAAAAAAUCGAACCCGUUUCAUUUAGCUUACUCAAGACUUGUCGCAUCCUGCGAAGGGACGGUACUCUUAAUUGCGCUUGGCGACUCUGAUAGCGCAGCAGUUAAAAUUCAAAUGCAAGUGUGAUGUGUUGCAUAUGUGUAUGUUAGUUUUGAACUUAAAGCUGCACACCGUAAUACCCCAAAGGGAGGACAUGUACGUUUUUAUUUUCAUUACAGAAGAUCUUUAAGUGCAAAGCCUUUUAAAUAAACUUGUUUGAACUGAA